CUAGCCAGCGCCUGCAGCAGUAAUCGGACAACUCUCUCCGUUCUGGCCGGACCGGACUGGCCCUGCUGAGGUACGGUGCUGGCUGGCAGCAGUGCGGGGGUGCGCUCUAUGGCUUCCCAGGCUUAAAAUGAAAAAGAAAAAAGCUGUCUUGUAAAGUUUCAUCUCCGUCCACGAAUCAUGCCGGAGAUUCGGGAAGGAGAACUUUUUUAGAACAUUGGUGCUGGAUCUUCUUUUUUUUUCUUUUAAGAAGGGAUAAAGACACAAGGAUUCAAGCAUAAUUGUAGCGGAGAAGGCAGGAAGAGGACUCGCAGGGCUCGGGAGGACUCAAAGGCAUCUCGGUGGCAGGUUUAUGGAAAUGCAGUAUCUAGCCAGUCCUCACAGCCGAGUAAGUGGAAGCAGCGACUCUCCGACAGGUGCCAGCCUUGACAACUCCCACAUCCAUAACAACAAUUCCAUGACACCAAAUGGCACUGAAGGUGACAGCAUCACAAUGCUCACCACCGCAGACUGGUUGUUAGGUUGUAACUCGCAGUCCGCCUCAGUUAAAAGUGAGCCAAUGAGCAGCAGCGACAUAGCCACUUCAGUAGCAGAGACCUCUCUGGACAGCUUCUCCGGAUCAGCUAUUGGAAGUAGUGGCUUCAGCCCAAGACAAACGCACCAGUUCUCCUCGCAGAUUUACCCUUCCAACAGGACGUAUCCGCAUAUUCUUCCGACCCCUUCGUCCCAAAAUAUGGCCGCGUACGGGCAGACGCAGUACACCACAGGAAUGCAGCAAGCCGCAGCUUACGCCAGCUACCCCCAGCCUGGCCAGCCCUACGGCAUCCCGGCUUACGGUCCAUUGUGGGCAGGCAUCAAGACGGAAAGCGGCCUGAGCCAGUCGCAGUCGCCGGGCCAGACGGGCUUCCUCGGCUACGGCUCGGGCUUCAGCACGCCGCAGACUGGACAGGCGCCAUACAGCUACCAAAUGCAGGGUGGUACGUUCACAACAACGUCGGGAUUGUACACCGGCAACAACUCCCUGACGAACUCGACGGGCUUCAGCAGCACACAGCAGGAGUACCCGGGCUAUCCUGCCUUCGGCCAGGGUCAGUACGCUCAAUAUUACAACAGCUCGCCCUACACGUCGCCCUACAUGACGAGCAACAACACCAGCCCCAGCACGCCCUCCACCACCACCACCUACACCCUGCAGGAGCCCCCGGCCCCCAUCACCAGCCAGGCCAUCACGGACAACCCCGCAGCGGAGUACAGUACCAUCCACAGUCCAUCAACCCCCAUUAAAGAUUCAGAUUCGGAUCGAUUGCGCCGGGCCUCGGAUGGAAAGUCACGUGGCCGGGGCAGAAGGAACAACAACCCAUCGCCGCCGCCCGACUCUGACCUUGAGCGAGUAUUCAUCUGGGAUCUGGAUGAAACAAUCAUCGUUUUCCAUUCCUUACUCACGGGCUCCUACGCCAACAGAUAUGGACGGGACCCGCCAUCGUCUGUAUCAUUAGGACUACGGAUGGAAGAAAUGAUCUUCAACUUGGCCGACACGCAUUUAUUCUUUAACGACUUAGAGGAAUGUGACCAGGUACAUAUCGACGACGUCUCUUCGGAUGACAACGGUCAGGAUCUAAGCACGUACAACUUCGGCGCGGACGGCUUCCACGCGGCGGCCACCAGCGCCAACCUAUGCCUUGCCACAGGUGUGCGGGGAGGCGUGGACUGGAUGAGAAAGUUGGCCUUCCGCUACAGACGAGUGAAAGAAAUCUACACCACUUACAAAAAUAACGUCGGAGGUCUCCUGGGCCCUGCCAAGAGGGAAGCCUGGUUGCAAUUGCGAGCAGAAAUUGAAGCCCUGACGGACUCCUGGUUAUCACUGGCACUGAAAGCACUGACGUUAAUCCACUCAAGGUCAAACUGUGUGAACAUUCUGGUGACCACCACGCAGCUGAUCCCCGCCCUCGCCAAGGUUCUGCUCUACGGCCUGGGCAUCGUCUUUCCUAUUGAAAAUAUUUAUAGUGCAACUAAAAUAGGUAAGGAGAGCUGCUUCGAGAGAGUCGUCCAGAGGUUCGGAAGAAAAGUUGUUUACAUUGUAGUCGGAGACGGGGUGGAAGAGGAGCAAGGCUCGAAAAAGCACAACAUGCCCUUUUGGAGAAUCUCCAGCCACUCGGACCUCAUGGCCCUGCACCACGCUCUUGACCUGGAGUAUCUGUAGCAACGUCCACCAUGCCCUGGCUUCUGCCUUUUCCGGAUCAGGCUUCGCUCGGUUCCGGGCGCGGAGAAAACCCAACACAAAAUGCCCGUUGUGCUACCUGUGGCGUCUCAUCUUCCAAGAGAAGAGGAGAAUGGUCAAAUGUGCUGACGUCCGGUCACACUUUGUCUUAACACUUUUUUGUUUGUUUGUUUGUCGUCGAUGUCCCGAGAGGUGAAUUUUACAGCCGUGGUUACUGUGAAAAUGGACUGCCUGGACUCGGUUCAGGUUCGAUCCCUGUGAGGCUGCCCGGUUCCUCCGUCCCCAUCAGCUCCCCACCAGCGUUUCUUAUUUAUGAACUCUGUAAGAAGGCAAAAACAAAACAAAGAAACAAAAAAAGACUCGUUCCUGAGGACUUUCUGGGCUUUUCUAAUAAUUUAAGAAAAAUGACAAAAACAUUUAUUUACUGAGACAAUCUUGUACAGAGGUGGGUUGUUGUUGUUGUUGUUGUAGUUUU